UUAUGGUUCCAAAUCUUUUAUGUCUUUGCAUUCGAAGGUUGGCAUUAGGUCAAGAAUUUGUUAACCAACAAGAGACGUUGCAAAUUGCAUUGCCUCCAAAACUAUUUCAGAUUAUUAAAAGAUUGAAGCAAGAUGUUUUAAAAAUUGGCCAUCUUCUGCCAAUAGAUACUUUGCCGGAAUGUUGCUUUUUGUUGAAUCCCGACACGCUUCAGUUUGAUGUUGAGAAAACUGCGAUUGCUUCCGAGCCAUAUCUUUCAAGAUUGCGAAAAUUAUCUCUAGCAUUUAAGCAAACUGAACGUUUAUAUGAGAAAAUGAAUGAUUCUGAACGUGAUCGAAUUGAAGAUAUGGCACAUCGUGAACCUGUUGUUUGGAGCAGAGCUUUGGAAUUAUCCCCUCGCAGAGUUAUACUUCAUUACGAUGACAUUGCUUAUAGCUGUGCCGAAAGUGGAUAUGUAAAGGCAUUCGAAAGAAAUCUAAUGAAAGUUCGUGAAUUGGAUGAUUCGAACCUACUUCAACGGUGCGCACUCGCAGCAAUUCUCAAUGGUCAUGUAAAUGUUGCAAAUUCAAUUAGAACUGAUAAUUUUUCGGUAGCUUUUCAUCAAUUCUUUCCCGAUGGAAGACCUCCAACUGAAUUCCUAGUCCAAUUGGUCGUUGGAAAUGAGCUACGACCAGAAGUUGGCGAGCAAAUCUUUGAAGAACUCCUUGAUUGGCUUACAAAAUUGGAUGUACAGAGGCUCAGACGUGAAAUCGAAAAGGAUAAGAAAAUUCCUUUAGGAGUGCUCCAAAGACUUGAUUCCAAAUACAGAGAGUGUAUCGAUUCGCGUGAUUAUCCUUGUGAUUAUGACUGA